UGGGAUGCUGGCGCUAAAAUCGAAGGGUCGUUGCAAAUCCACCAGAGUAACGAGGUAAAUAUUUGAUUUCACCAAGAAAAUUGCUAAUUUGUUGCCAGAACGUACCAGGGAUGAAUUAACAAGACUGGCGGAAGGUGGUCAUAUCUUCAAAUCACAAUAUGACAUUGUCUCGGGAAUGUUCCAUACACUGAUAAACAUGCCUCAUUGCCGAUAACUCAUUGAGAAAGAUGGAUGAUUUCAGUGACAUUGAAGCAUCAGCUCAUCACCAAUUCAAAGAUGGAGAAUAUUUUUUAUCCAUGGUGACACAAAAGUCUAAGACUUUAAAAAUUCAUGUUGAGGAUAUAGCAACAGGAGAGCAAUGGAAUGGUAACUUUGACAGUAGCUAUAUUGAAGAGCUUACACACAAGACAGGAAAUUUCAAAGAGUUUAAUAUCUUCUGUACUAUGCUUGAAUCAGGAAUCAGUAAGACAAGUGAAUCAAUCACCCUGAAACUGAUGACAUACACAGACCUAGAAGCACUUCGAUCCAAAAAGGCUGCAGCUAAAAGGAAAGAUGCAGCACCUAAUACUGCAUUGAGCAACAAAAGAUACCUUAUAAUCACAUACACUGUCGAAUUUGAUAGAAUUCAUUACCCGUUGUCUCUAAGUUAUGUUGGAAAGUUUGAUCCUGUCUCCAUGCGAAAGCUUUUUAAACAGCAAAAGGAAGAAAUUAGAGAUUUAAAAUCACAGUUGCAAAAUUUGCAUUCAGCACCGAGAAUCUCAAGGGACCGCAGUGCUUCCUUUGAAAGACUCAUUCAAGAAAAAGAGGAGUUGGAAAAUGAGCUGGAGAUGUGUAGAAAUUUUUUAUCAAAGAACAGUGUAGUAAAGGAAUUAAGAAUUUUGAAGAAAGUCAUAACAAACUUGGAGAGUGAUCUUCUCAAAGAACGCAGCAAACACCAGCGAGUUAUUUUCAAGAAGAACGACGAGUGCAAGCGGCUUGCCGAGGAGCUUGAAGAAGUCAAACGUAGAGAAAGAAACCUGCAAUUCCGUGUGAAGAACUUGACAAACGAAAUAGCAAUAUUAAAAAAAACACCUAGCCGUUCCCCGCAAAUGAAACUGCCAAUUUAUGCCAAUCGAUGGGCGAAAAACCCACUGAGGCAACGGUCCUCUUCUAAAGAAAGAGUCUCAAAUACCUCAAUAGACAGGAAAUACACUACGCCAUCUCCAAGUGGUAGAUUCGACCCCACUGCUUACAUUCAAGAAAAGAAACAGAGACAACAGGAAAGCGAAAGGAGGAGAAGUAGAUCAGGUUCACGUACUCUCCAUCGCUCUCGAUCAGCGUCACUGGAAAGAGUGACGUCAUCUCAAAGCAGGGAAAGACCGCCAACAAAAACGAGAUCUUCUUCAUCCAGAGAUCAACCUCGCCGUGCUGUGAGUCACAGCUCGUCUAUCGGAAGUAUUGGCAGUCGCCACUCGUCGGCUGACAGUGCUACUCGAAGAUUUUCAUCCGCUACCAAAAGGAAAACGCCAAGUGCAUUCAGUAGCAGGGAACGACAGCGAAGUUUAUCGAAAAAGGAAGCAAGGAAGUCUGUUUUGAGGUCGGCCCUGAGUUCUGGUGAAUCUGAAGCGGAAAUCUCCUACCGAAAUAAAGACAGCAGGGCGCUCAAACGAAGAGACAGCAAAUCAAAAACAGGAUCGAAACACAAGUAUAAAGACGACAAAGAGGCUGGUGCUGGCCGUGAGGAUGCCAAUGAGACUCUAGAUAAGUCACUGAACAUUGCGGAUAUAGACGCUAGACUUAGUGCUCUACAAAUGUUUAUGAAAUCGAAUCUUGAUGAUAUGUAAAUAAAUCA